AUGGACAAGCAAGGAACUCAAAGCUCUGGAGGAAACGCACAGCCCAAAAAUCCGAUGAAUAAAGAAGCGGCGUCAAGGAUUCAGGGUUCAGAAGCAAAACAGCACGGCGGUGGGGUUCCUAAAGGAAGCUUUGCUUCGCGCGCUCAGUCUACUGCAGACAAGCGGGAAAACCAGAACAACUAAGCCCGUGGAACUGCUUUUAAACUAAAAGGGAGCAUGAUUUCGUUUAUCAUCAUUUGUGAGAGACAUUUGAUCUUUGUUUUUUGAGGGUUGUUAUUAAACUAUGAUUUGAAUUUCUUGCUGAUUAAUCAUCAUUUACUGGUAGUAAUGGUAGUUUGUAGAGAGUCGAAGGAAAACUCGUUUGACGAUUUAGGAAAAUGAUUGAAGCACAUCGAAAGCAAAUGAAAUAAAAUGGUACCAACUGGGAGUGAAGGUAUUUGAUUUUUUCAUCUAUAUAUCUUCGAAACACGAGGCCAUGUAAUGCUCACUAUUUUUUCUUAGAAUCUCACAGAGCAUUCACAGUAUUACAUAGUUUAAUAUCGAGUCAACUCCCGGGAAUAUUGUUUUGAUUGUCAUCCUCAUCUUAUUUUGAUCAUUAGUAUCAUUAUUUUUCUUGUAAAAGCGAGAUUCAAGAGAUUCACGUCUCAUCAUCACAGCAAGCCUGUGUUGUUGGUAUGUAAGCCAGCUUUGUUUCAAAUCCUCAGAUUCUCAUUCCCUCUUCAAUUGCACCCUUUUCUGCCGCUUUUUGUGGUGUUUUCGAUUUGAAUUUACAUGAAGGAUGACUAGUUCCAUGUCUAGGUUUGUUUUACCCUUGUAAUUCCCGUCACGACAUGCAGAAGCGUGUCAGCCAAGCUGUAUAUUUAACUGUUGACUAUUUUAGCGUCAUUACCUCUUCAAUUGCAUCCUUUCUGUCUCUCUUUGCGGUGUUUUCGAUUCGAAUUUACAUGAAGGAUGACUAGUUCCAUGUCUAGGUUUGUUUUACCCUUGUAAUUCCCGUCAAGACAUGCAGAAGCGUGUCAGCCAAGCUGUAUAUUUAACUGUUGACUAUUUUAGCGUCAUUACCUCUUCAAUUGCAUCCUUUCUGUCUCUCUUUGCGGUGUUUUCGAUUCGAAUUUACAUGAAGGAUGACUAGUUCCAUGUCUAGGUUUGUCUUUUCCGUCAGGAUAUGCAGAAGCGUGUCAGACAAGCUAUAUAUUCAGCUGUUGACUGAUUUUAGCGUCGGUGGGUUAUGAGGUUUCAUUUCUUUUACUAAAAAUACGAAAGUUAAACUAAAGGCAGAGCAAACAUCAGCGUAGCAAUAAAUCCUUUACGCGCUCACUCGCUUCUGUGCCAUCUCACUGGUCAAACCAAGUAUCUUUCUGAGAUUAUCUCGAUAGUUAACGCUGACAUAAUCAUCUCUCGGAGACCUCUCGCUUCUGUGUUGUCUCAAAUUUCAAUCUUUGCUUCUUUCCGAGAAAGUCUUGAUAAAUUAUGUUGACGUCAUUUUCUCGGAAAACAAUUUGUAUUUGUAAAAGACUCGUCGACAUUAUCUUACUAUUCUACAGAGGAAAACAUUGGCGGAGGGUCUGAGGGAACCAAAGACACACGAAUCUUUCCUACAGUCCUCUCUGUCACUUUUUGGCCGUGUUUUCGAUUUGAAUUUACGUGAAGGAUGACUAGUUCCAAGUCUAAGUUUACCCUUGUAAUUUCCGUCAGAACAUGCAGAAGCGUGUCAGCCAAGCUAUAUAUUAACUGUUGACUGAUUUUAGCGUAAUUACCUCUUCAAUUGCAUCCUUUCUGUCUCUCUUUGCGGUGUUUUCGAUUCGAAUUUACAUGAAAGAUAUGACUAGUUCCAUGUCUGGGUUUGUCUUUUCCGUCGGAAUAUUCACAAGCAUGUCAGCCAAGCUAUAAAUUCAGCUGUUGACUGAUUUUAGCGUCGUUGGGUUAUGUGGUUUUAUUUCUUUUACUAAAAAUACGAAAGUUAAACGAAAGGCAGAGCAAGCAUCAGCAUAGCAAUAAAUCCUUUACGCGCUGACUCGCUUCUGUGCCAUCUCGCUGGUCAAACCAAGUAUCUUUCUCACAUUAUCUCGAUAAUUAACGCUGACAUAAUAAUCUCUCAGAGACCUCUCGCUUCUGUGUUGUCUCACAUGUCAAUCUUUGCAUCUUUCCGAGAAAAUCUUGAUAAAUUAUGCUGACGUCAUUUUCUCGGAAAACAAUUUGUAUUUGUAAAAGACUCGUCGACCCUAUUUUACUAUUCCACAGAGGAAAACACUGGCGGAGGGUCUGAGGGAACCAAAGACAUACGAAUCUACAGUCCUUUCUGUCACUUUUUGGUGGUGUUUUCGAUUUGAAUUAACGUGAAGGAUGACUAGUUCCAUGUCUAGGUUUGUCUUACCCUUGUAAUUUCCGUCAGAACAUGUAGAAGCGUGUCAGCCAAGCUAUAUAUUCAACUGUUUACCAAUUUUAGCGUCAGUGAGUGACGCCGUAAUAAAGUAAUUCUGCCCAUAGCCUCGUGUUAUUGUGACAGUUAAGGGAGAUAAAUCUUGAUAUUUCAAGUCUUUUUUUGCGACAAGGAAAAUAAGUGUCAACACCAGUGAGCCAAAACUAAGUAGAGUGGAAGAAUGCACUGAAAUAACUAGAAUGGAAAAUUGCGGAGAACAUUAAUGUGGAUUUUCAGUCGUUUGUCUCAAGACAUAGAGUCGGUAUAGAUUGUAGAGUCAAGCUAUCAGUUGAAAUUAGUGACCUUUUAUCUGCAAAACGACUAGCCCUCGCUGAGCGCGUUAUAAUCACAAUGAUGAACUGAUUCAUAUUUCACCAAAAUAAUUUUCAAAUUGCAAACUUAAAAAAAAAAAUUUAAAUCAAAUCAAGCUUUGUGCACCAGUCGUGACGUUCAGAUCCCUCUAAAAUGUUUAAUCAUUCAUUUAUCUAUUUUUUCACCUACUGGGAGGUCAGAAUCAUAACGCAGAGUGCGGAAAAACAACCAAAACGUAUAGUCACUCCGUGAAAACGUGAAGAACAUCUCAAUUAUCUUUAUCGUUAGCUUUGAACUGGAAGUUCGUAAUUCCCUGAUUGUCGGGUGAAACCAGCGUAACUUCAGCUUUUAGAUUUUCCCAUGAAGGAUGCUGGGUGAUCGCCUGACUCUUCGAACUAAUUAUAAACACGGACCGCGCGAGACUUGAUUCAGCCUAUGGAAAAGAAGUCUCUCUCUCUCGCUAUAAUUCCUAUCCAAACUGUCAGUGAAAACAAGCCAAAUGAAUGAAAGACCCAUUUUUUAAUAGAUCUUCUGUUAUCAUCAAUAUUUUAACAAAAAAGUUAUAUUGGUUGAAGGGGGCUACGCCAUUCCUUUGAAAUACAUUUAUUGAUUAAAAAGAUCAAGAAACGAGCCAAAAAACAAACAGAAUUCUGACUCAGACAAGCACAUAAACAACACUUGACCUUCAAAGUAUCAAGUUAUAAGUAGCUAUCUUGUUCCAUAAUAUCUCCAGGCGUAUCCCAAAGCAAACUACAUAUUUACACCUCUCUCAUUUUAGUCCAUCAGCGUCUCUCUCCUUGUCCUUGUCCUUGUCUCCAAAAGAAAAAAAAAACUGGUACACACAUUCCAUGCAAGAAGUAGCAUAUUUCCGGAAAAAGUAAAAAAAAGUACUAAAAGAAAACUGACUUAUAACUAGCGCAUAUGCCGGAUAUUUAUUUAUUUGGAAACCUCAAUAUUUACCUCUGUGGUUACAGGUGCUGUUUUUAUUUCUCAAAAUUCUUUCUUUACUUUUUCAUCCCUCUCGUUCUUACCCGAUGAAACAUGGAAUUAAAUUAAUAAAUGAAAUGGAAGAACUGAAACGAAGUGGAGAAAAAUUGAUGAACGAUGUGACUAAGAAUUGUCGAAAUGUUUUUAAACAAACGCUCUUUUGAGUGUUUUAUUAUAUUGUGAACAAUUAGAUCGUUGUUGAUCUCUGCCCUUGCGUUCGAUUGUUUUAAUUAGUUUUUAAAAAAAAUUACCCCUUUGUGGAGUCGUCGUUCCUACAUUAUAGACAUUUACGUGUCAUCUACACAACAUAACAUUGGCCAAAUUUUUCGAAAACGAAUCGGUAAUAACAUGGUAUAAGACAGGGUGAAUAAGCCAAAAUUCUGUAGUAUUGCAAAAAAACAAAAAAAUGCCACACUCAGCUUUUUUGAAAACUUUACAUAGGAAGUUCGUUAUGCUCUUUGAUCUCGGGGGAAUUCUAACUUCUGUUGGCUAUUCCCAGUCGAUCACAUUCAAAUCAUAUCCGCGGGACUUUCCCUGAGUAAUGAUUAUUUUACACCCAUCAUGAUCGGAAAAUAUACGGAUAUCGUAUGCCUUUUUCCCCUAAAGAUUAAUUCAGGAAUUGUAGUGCAAACUGAUAAAUUAUACAAGAAAUCAUAAGUACUUUAAACUUGCUUGGAUUCAUAGCUCUAUAUUUUCAGCUCCUAAGAUGAGUGACGCCAAACUUCUCUCAGUCUAUGGAAAUCGAAGUCUCCCGAUGAUUCCUUCUAUGGCCAGUAAUUCCCGAAUUGAAUUUUCAUAGCCCAUAAAAUCGUCUAGUAGCAAAGACACCUGUCAUGAGUUAGGACCAAAAUUAUAAGUUUGUUUUGAGGGUCGGUUUAAUUUACAACAUGCUAAAAAAUUCCUAUAGCUAUGUAAACAAUGUACGGCACUUUCCACGGUUUACCGGCGUAAGAUCCCACGCGGGUUGUUGGGAAAAGACGAUAGAAGUUUGUAAUCACAAACCGGAGGCAAGCGAUUGACAAACUCAAUUUUUGAGUGUUAUCACAUCAUCUCGUUUAUAACGACGGUUAGCCGAUAGAAAGUGCGGUGUAUUGCUUUUACAAAAUACACUUAAAGCAAAACACUGGAUUUCAUGAAGUGUCAUACACUGGUUGGAAAUAAACAAGUUACAAAAGACUUUCAGGUUUCCAGCUUAUGAUGGAGAGGAUGUUUAUAUGUCGAUCCCAGUUUCCUUAAUUAAACCAACUUAGUAUUUGGAAUUUAUUGAUUGAUCCAUAAAUUAAGGUAGAGGUGGUAAUAUUAGUGGUAAAAUCGUCCCAGGCAUUUAUUUAUCGGACCUCAAGCCAAAGACAGAAUGAAAAGGCUCUUUCUUCUCUGAGUCGCUGUUAAGUACGGUGGCUGACGAUGACUGUCAUUAAUGAAAUCAUAGGAUUUUUUUAUUCAGAGAUCAGAAACACGACAAAAUAUUCUGGCAAAGAAAAGAGUGCAAAUAGAAAAAUAAAGAUGGUAAAUUUUAACUUCGGUUGUCGCGUGAAGCAAAUGCUCGCGUUUUGAAAAACAAUCGUUUGUGGAAGGAAAUAUUACAACCAAUGACUAUUAAGCAUUUUGAAUUGAACAACAUUAUUUAUGCGUUCCCUCUAGAUUGGAGACAAAAUAUCAGACAAAACCCAAACAAUUUAUCAAAUCAAAUUGGAAAUAAUAGUAAUGGUUGAGAAAACAAGGCACUGUUAUUAUCUUUAGAAUAUAUUUUCGCAAAGCACCCAAUAUAAUGCUUAGCACCACGAUGUUUCAUGGGGUAACAGUAAUCAUGAUAUCAGAGUAAAGUGAAGGGAAGGCUCAAAACAUAAACGAAAGAAAAGAAAUUCGCCUUCGGCGUUUAAAUUUCGUUAAUAAGUAGAGAGAUGUUAAUAUAUUUUAUUGCCGGGAGCAUAAACUCCAAGGCUAAUUACCUCUGACGCAGAAUCGUCGCACGCGAUUGGAAUAUCAAGGAAUACUUCUUAAUCCUGUUAAUUGAUAACUCAGAUUGAACCAUGAUGGCCUGUAUUUCAAUGUAUGCACGGCUAUGUAAACAUGCAUAUCAUAACAUUAGUUGCAUUCUAGCAAGAGUUCCGGUUGAGGAAACUAGCAAACUGAAUAGUCACCAGCGCCCCUGAGUCUUCUUCCGGUAUCAAUUACUGGUUGAAACAAACAGCUUUGACUCUCUAACCCCUAAGAGUGAUCAGCAACUAAUUUCUCCUAUCAGUAUCCUCCUAAAACAAACAUUGAGGUCGAGAGUAAAUUUAAUAACCACCAACUAAAGAAGCUGUUGAUUGUUCAACAAAUUCUCUUUGUCAGCGCCAUAGGAAAUGUAUACUGAUCUUAGGGUGUUAAAGAUUAAGUUUCCACGAAAGCAUUAUCAUGAUUUUUAAUGACACGGUUUUUCUGAGAAUCGACUGUGCCUUUUAAAUAACUGAGUAUCAUGGCUCGUAAACAGUUUCAGAGAGAAGACAAAUUCUCUUUGUCAGUACCACGGGAAAUAUAUAGAGAACAUUACGGAGAAAAUGUAUACUGAUCUUAGGGUGAAAGGGUUAAGUUUCCAAGAAAGCAUUAUCAUAAUUUAUGCUGACAUGAUUUUUCCGAGAAUCGACUGUGUUAUUUAAAUACCUGGGUAUCACAUAGCUCGUAAACAGUUUCCGAAAGAAGACAAAGCAAGAAGAUUCGUGCAAUUGGCAAGGAGUAAUUCGCGCUUUUGAUUCCCGCUCAAUUACAAUGUAAGUUAUAUACUAUGUAUAUCUCUCUCCUAUUUGUAUUAUAUACAGAGAUAAGGUGAAAUAUUUCUUUGAGCUGGUAUCAAGACCUUCUUAAAAGGUAAAAUAUUCAGUCGGUAAAACCGUUCCACACUAAUGACCUGAAAAGGGGAAUUGGAAAAGUUAUCAAACUCUGAAAAGUUAUCAAAAUACGACAGUUUAAUGAAGUCCAAGGGUGGCAGACAUUAAAAUCUCCUAUCGGGUACGAAAUUGGUUGAAGAUAAUUCAAGCUAGCCGAUGGUAAUGUUCUGCAAAGUUACCAAGCAAACCGUUUGUGAUACAAGGCUUCAUUACUGCAUUGAGAAAACAGAGUAAGAAACAAAUAGACUUCAACAGAUAAACAUCUUCAGUAUUUACGUAUACCCCGCUAUUUCAGUUUUCUACAGACUUGUAACGUAUUUUGUGAACAAAGGUUUAUUCUUUGUAUUGUGCGAAGCGAAUAACGCACAUUUUGAAUCGUUGAGGAAAAUAUGCAAGUUAUGAACAUUUAAUAACUAUUCUUGUUACCAACUGAACCAGAGUGGGGGUUGUGAGUAGCUUUUUCUGAACAAAAGCUACAAACAGCGGUUUCUUUGUUGUCGUAGUGAAAACUGCUACAAUGGCUGAUAAAGGCGGUCAGAAAUCAGAAGGGAAACCGAAGAAGGAGAUGGACAAAGAAGCAGCAGCACGUAUUCAGAGCGCUGAAGCGAAAAAAAAUGACGGUAAAGUUGAAAAAGGAACCGUUGCCCCCGCGUUCAGCGCGCGGCAGCCAAGAAUGAAGCAGCGAAGGACGAAGAAGGGAAAUGAGCCUGAAUCAGAUAACAAGCCCUGAUGAUAUAACAAUUAACAAUUAAUGAUUACGAAACUGGUGUUAUAAUUCCUUUGAUCAUUGUCUUAUCUGUGUCUCAACUCUUAGAGUUGAGUGCUAAGGGACUUUCAUAUACUAUUAAUAAAACGGAAGUUAGAUCAGUUUUCCGAAUGAUUGAGUGAAUCUUAUUACGGCAAAUCCCUUUGGAGUUCACCCUCUCAGAAUUACUCGAGAGUGGAGAUAAUGUCGACGAGAAUCUUAUGAACUUUUUUUUUGCGUCUGAGCCAAGUAACACAUCCCAAAAUUUGCUUUUAACUGUCCUUUUCAGUCUAUCUUUAUUUCACUGAGUUAUGCUCAAGCACAGCACCGGCUCUUGGAGUCCAACGUAAAAAGAAAUAUGAAGAUACUCAGCAACAGCUGUUAAACAUAUGAUAUAAUUGGUCUUAACCUGCUAACAAUUGAAAGUCACAUGGCAUGAAUUAUGUUGGAAUAAAAGAACAAAAAAAGGGAACUUAAUCAAUAAUGUAAGCUUGAUGUUUCUUUGUUUUGGAUGUCUCGUUGGGCUGUUUGUUUCCUAGCAAGGACGAAUUUCUUAGAAGUACCCGCACGUGUUCAAAGCAGCAUGCUUGGCUCUUCCUAGAGUUAGGACUGACUCUGCUGAGAGCAAUAUUUUUAUCUAAAUGUUAAGCUUAGCAAUAAAUCGUUUACGCGCUCACUUCCGUGUUAUCUCACCAAUCAAACCAAGUAUCUCUACAAGAUCAUCUUGAUAUUAUAUGCUGACAUAAGCAUUUCUCGGAACUCUCUCGCUUCUGUGUUGUCUCACAUGUCAAUCCAAGCAUCUUUCCGAGAAAAUCUAAAUAAAUUAUGCUAACGUCAUUUUCUCGGAAAACAAUUUGUAUUUGUCAAAGACUCGUUGACAAUAUUUUAUCAUUCUACAGAUCGAGUCAACUCCUAGAAAUAUCAUUUUAAUUAUCAUCUUCAUCUUAUAUUGACCAUUAGUAUCAUUAUUUCUCUAGUAAAAAGCGAGAUUCAAGACAUUCGCGUCUCAUCAUCACAAUAAGCCUGUGUUGUUGGUAUCUAAGCCCGCUUUAUUUCAAAUCCUCAGAUCCUCGUUCCCUCCUCAAUUGCACCCUUUCUGCCACUUUUUGCAGUGUUUUCGAUUCGAAUUUACGUGAAGGAUGACUAGUUCCAUGUCUUGGUUUGUCUUACCCUGGUAAUUCUUGUCAGGACGUGCAGAAGCGUGUCAGCCAAGCUAUAUAUAUUCAACUGUUGACUGAUUUUAACGUCGGUGGGUAAAGCCGUUUUAUUUCUUUUACUGAAAAUACGAAAGUUAAACAAAAGGCAGAGCAAACCUCAGUAUAGCAAUAAAUCGUUUACGCGCUCACUCGCUUCUUGUCAUCUCACUGGUCAAACCAAGUAUCUUCUGAGAUUAUCUCGAUAAUUUACGCUGACAUAUAAUCAUUUUUCGAAACCCUCUCGAUUCUUUUUGUCUCACAUGUCAAUCUUACCUUCUUUCCGAGAAAACCCAUAUAAAUUAUGCUGACGUCAUUUUCUCGGAAAACAAUUUGUAUUUGUGAAAGACUCGUUAACAAUAUUCUAUCAUUCUACAGAGGAAAACAUUGGUGGAGGGUCUGAGAAAACCAAAGACAUACGAGUCUUUUCUACACUCACAUAAUGUAAGUCAAUACUUAGUUGCCUUAAUCAUUUGCUUUUGCAGUUUCAGUUCGCAAUAUUCCUCCCAAGAAUGCAGUCAAAUCCAAUGAAAGGAGAACUAGAGGCCGCCGAAUGCACUAGUACAUGGAUAGGAUAGCUUCCAAAAAUGGUAAACCGUUCAAAUUUUUUAUAUCACGCGCCGUCGAGCUUUUCUCGCAAUACACACGCAAUCUUAAGUUCAUUUAGUUUACUAAAUUACAAGGAUCGCGUGUCUCUUCGAAAACGAAAGCGCUUUGAAAUGCAUCUUAUGAAAAUCUUUAAGAUAGCCUUCACUCGCCAUCGAUCACGGCGAUCUUGACGGUGAAAAUGAAGUCGUGUCUUCUUCUUGACUGAAUCGUACGAAAAAUCUAGAGGAUCCUUGGUUAAGUUUGUGUAUCAAGCCUCUCAGGUACAGAAUAGACUUCUUAGAGUAGGAGGAAGGUUUUAUUCGAUGUUAGCAUUGUUGACAAUGCAUAUCAGGAUGGAUGAGAAACGCGUGGAUGUGGACAUUUCAAAGGAAAAUCUUCGAUUUCGAAUACUCUUUUAUCAAGCGCGCUUUUGAUAGUUUUACAUCUCUCAACUAAGAUAAAACUGAGCAAAGCCUUUUACUAUCUGAAGAUCGAUCCCACAGAGCUGUUUCGUAAGACAACCCUAAAGGUUGAAUCGACCUGAAAGUGCUUUGAAAUUCAUAUAUUCCACUGCAUGAUAUCCUUAUUUCUUUCCGCCUCAAAUAAUGAUGUGCACACGAAAGACACUCAUCGUAAAACCGAUCACUACAUGACGUUUAUUUCUUUCUCUUUUUCCGCCACAAAUGAAUUUGACUUUAGAAGCAAGAGAACUAAAGAACCAUGGACAAGCAAGGAACUCAAAGCUCUGGAGGAAACGCACAGCCCAAAAAUCCGAUGAAUAAAGAAGCGGCGUCAAGGAUUCAGGGUUCAGAAGCAAAACCAGAACAAAAACAGACGGCGGCGGGGUUCCUAAAGAGACGGCGGUGGUUUUCAUCGCGCGCUCAGUCUACUGCAGACAAGCGGGAAAACCAGAACAACUAA